CCACAGAGCCAACUGUCUUUAAACGGUUUUACAUCAUCACGACGUUAACGUUUAUUUCACAUUAAACUGAGUUUGUUGUUACUUUGGCUCUUUUAAGUAGUUUUAUUGAUUAUUUAUGUAUGUUUUAAAGGCGUCAACUCUGACCCGCAGCGAGGCGGAAGUGAAGCGGAAGUGGCACCAGCUGCGCAGCGCGGAGCAGCUAGCUAGAUGAUUAUUAUUGAUCGCGUUUGUUCCGUUAAAUAGUUUAUUAUUACAUCUCUAACAGUUCGGUGUGACCCGUCCGGCUUCUGGUACCAGGGUCGCUUGCUGUCUGACUCGCGUGUCCUCUCAGAUGGCGGAGGAGCAGACGAUGUCUCUCGUGGAUGUUCUGGAGGAAAAUGAAGAGUUGGAGGAAGAAGCUUCGGCCGUGUUGGCAGGAAGUGACUCUGACCUCUGCUCCUAUCCUCAGGGCUAUGUGAAGCGUCAGGCUCUGUAUGCCUGCAGUACGUGUACUCCAGCGUCCGGCGUGGCGGGCGGCGUUGCGGCAGGCGUGUGCCUGGCGUGUUCCUACAAAUGUCACGAAGGCCACGAGCUCUUCGAACUCUACACCAAGAGGAACUUCCGCUGCGACUGUGGGAACAGGAAGUUCACCGAGCUGCAGUGUAAACUGUUUCCUGGGAAGGAGGAUCUCAACAGUCAGAAUAAAUACAGUCAGAACUUCUUUGGUGUUUACUGCACCUGCAGCCGGCCGUACCCCGACCCCGACGACCAGGUGGAGGACGAGAUGAUCCAGUGUGUGGUGUGUGAGGACUGGCUGCACGGCAGGCACCUGGGCGUGGCGGUUCCAGACGGCGUGGAGCUGCAGGAGAUGAUCUGUGAAUCUUGUAUGAACAACAACUCUUUCCUCUGGACCUACGCUGCUCACCUUUCAUUUCCAGGUGCAGGUGUUGAGGUGAAGGAGGAACCAAUCACAAGCGUUCCUAAAGAAGAAGAGAAGGGUGGUGAUGUCACGGAGCCCAGCUGUAAGCGGAGCCGUGAGGAGGCGGAGCCAGGCAGCGAGGGGCGGGGCCCUGAAGAGUUGGGGCCAGACUGUAAGGGGCAGGGCCACGCAGAGGCGGAGCCAGGCUGCAGACUGAAGGAGCUGCAAGCGAUUGGUCAGAACAGGGUCCAAUCAGGAGCCGUGUUCUGGCCGUCGGCGUGGCGAUCCAAGCUCUGCUCCUGCUACACCUGCAAGGAGCGUCUGUCUGCAGCCGGCCUGUCCUUCCUGUUGGACGAGUCGGACACCGUCCUCGCCUACGAGAACAAAGGGAAGAGCAGCGAGCAGCGUCUCCAAGGACCCGACCCGCUGAUGUCAGCGCUGGACAACCUGAACCGGGUUCAGCAGCUCGAGAUCAUCCACG